AUGUCUCGCCAGUCUGUCUGCAGGAGCUUUGGAGGGGGCAGCAGAAGGGGCUUCAGCUCCUGCUCUGCAAUCGGUGGCGGCUUUGGAGGCGGCGGCCGGAGCAGGAGCAGCUACAGCUCGUACUCAGUGUCCAGGGGAUUCGGAGGUGGAGGACGGUGCGGGGGCUUCGGCAGCCGGAGCCUCCACAACAUGGGGGGCAGCGCCAGGAUUUCCAUGGGCGGGUGCUACGGCGGCGGGUACGGCGGCAGGAUGGGCGGCUUUGGCGGGAGCUACGGGGGCCUCGGCAGCUUUGGGGGCGGGAUGGGUGGAGGAGGAGGAGGAAUGUGCGGCUUUGGAGGAAUGGGCGGAGGUGGAAUGGGCGGUGGAGGAGGAAUGGGUGGCUUCACUGGAGGAAUGGGCGGCUUUGGUGGCGGGAUGGGUGGCGGAGGGAUGGGUGGCUUUGGUGGCCCAGGCUUCGGCAUGGGUGGCCCCGGGAGGGGCGGCCCUGGGAUCCAGCCGGUGCAGAUUGACACGACCCUCCUGCGGCCGGUCCACGUCGAGAUCGACCCCCAGAUCCAGCAAGUCAAAAACCAGGAGAAGGAGCAGAUCAAGACCCUGAACAACCAGUUUGCCUCCUUCAUCGACAAGGUCCGAUUCCUGGAGCAGCAGAACAAGGUGCUCUCCACCAAGUGGGAGCUGCUCCAGCAGCAAGGACCAUCGGGGCCGAGGAAGAACCUGGAUGUGAUCUUUGAGAAUUACAUCCAGAACCUGCGGAGGCAGCUGGACUCAAUCCUGGCGCAGCGGAGCCAGCUGGAGUCGGAGCUGCAGAACAUGCAGCAGUACGUCGAGGAUUACAAAACCAAGUAUGAGGAAGAGAUCAACCGGCGCACAACAGCCGAGAACGAGUUCGUGGUGCUGAAGAAGGACGUGGACAGUGCCUACAUGACCAAAGUUGAGCUGGAAGCCAGGGUGGGAGCUCUGACAGACGAAAUCAACUUCCUGAGGUGCAUCUACGAGGAGGAGCUGUCUCAGAUGCAGACGAUCAGCCGGGACCUGUCCGUGGUGGUGUCCAUGGACAACAACCGGCACCUGGACCUGGACAGCAUCAUCGAGGAGGUGCGGCGCCAGUACGAGCAGAUCGCCCAGAGCAGCCGCGCUGAGGCCGAGGCCUGGUACCAGAGCCAGUACGAGCAGCUCCAGAGCACGGCCGGCCGGCACGGGGACAACCUCCGCAACACCAAGAUUGAGAUCCAGGAGCUGACCAGGAACAUCCAGAGGCUGCGGGCUGAGAUUGAGAACGUGAAGAAGCAGAACCAGCAGCUGCAGGCAGCCAUCGCCGAGGCUGAGGAGAGGGGAGAGAUGGCCCUGAAAGAUGCCAGGUUGAAGCUGGAGGAGCUGGAGAGUGCCCUGCAGAAGGACAAGGAGGAGCUGGCUCGCCUGCUGAAGGAGUACCAGGAGCUGCUGAACGUCAAGAUCGCGCUGGACGUUGAGAUCGCCAUGUACAGGAAGCUGCUGGAGGGGGAGGAGAACAGGUUGUGCAACGACAGCAUGGCCAACGUCAACGUCUCUGUGGUGGGCAGGACGACUGUCUCUGGAGGCAGAGGAGGCAUGGGAGGAGGAUUCGGAGGCAGCGGCAUGGGAGGAGGAUUCGGAGGCGGCAGCUGCGGAAUGGGAGGAUUCGGAGGCGGCAGCGGCAUGGGAGGAGGAAUGGGAGGAGGUGGCAUCUGCGGAGGAGGCAGCAGCUUCGGAGGAGGCAGCAUGGGCGGCAGCUGCGGGAUGGGGGGAGGAAUGUACGGCGGGGGCUUCUCCUCUGGGAGCGGAAGGAUGUGCGGCUCUGGCGGGGGAUCCUCCUCCGUGCGCAGAUGCGUCACCACCACCUCGGUCAAAUCUUCGGGAGUGAGAUUCUGAGCCCCGAAGGUUGACAAGGAAAGAAGCACCUCCUCUCUCCUCCUGACAGCGGCCCAGCCUCCCAAAGCCCAGCUCCGGUGUCCUGCAGCGGGAUGAACUCUGU